AUGACGAAAUAUGUUUUAACCGAUGAGUCAAAGGCAUUUAUUGAUAUUGUCGAGGAGGCGACAAGAACAGGACGGAGGAAACCGUACCAUGAGCUGGAAAUAGCGGAGGCAAGAGAGGCGUCUUUGCAGACAGCGAAGAAAUUUGGUGGGAGUUAUGAAUUUAUCGGAAAUAUUAAAAAUAUCAAUGUUCCUGUCCCGCAUCUACAAGAUGGAAUAGAGGUCCGCAUUUACCAACCCCAUGGUUGCCAAGAUAACCCGCCUGUCUGGAUAUAUUUCCACGGGGGAGGAGGAUGUGUGGGGUCACGUGACACGGUUGAUACAGUAUGCAGAUCGAUAUCAAGCCAGGGUAAAUUCGUUGUAGCCAACGUGGAAUACCGCCUCGGCCCUGAACACCCGUACCCAGCGUACAUCCACGACGCCACCAGCGUCACGAAAUGGAUUAUGCAAAACAAAGUUGAGAUCGGUGGCGGAGAGCAGAGCAUUGUGGGAGUUGGAGGAGAUAGCCACGGAGGGAAUGUAGCAACCACUGUCUGUCAUGAAGUGAAGGGGCUAGACUACCAAGUAUUAAUCUUUCCAUCUGUCGACUUGUCCUUCAGUUAUCCUUCUCAUAAAGAGUUAUCAACGGGAUAUUUACUGGAAUCUGUCACGUGUGAGUGGUUCAUGGAUCGGUUGUGUACGACACCAGCUCAUCGGUUCGAAACAUUUGGUUCAUGUAUUCGUCGCGAGGAUUCCAGUUUUAUUGGCCAGCCGCCGUGUUUCUUGUUAAUCACCGAAUGUGACUUGCUGAGGGACGAGGGGCUAGCAUAUGGCGAAAAAUUGAAAGCAGCUGGUGUGUUUGUGGAGACGUUGUUCUUGAAAGGAACCGUCCAUGCAUUCUUCCAUUUGCCAGAUUUCUUCAAGAAGACUUGCAAGAUUUCGUAUGACAAAAUAGUUGAGUUUAUCCAAUCACAGGCUGCUAAAACCACAUCAUAAACUAAUAUUGCCUCAAGGUGGCGCUGUAGUAAGCCCAAAUCUGCCUCGUAUGAUGAAUACACAGAAAUCAACUACCUAGAAUUUGAAAGUCACGACGUAACGAGUCAAAUAAAAGUAACACCAAUAAACCGUAACAGAAAGAACCAGUUUUUGCUUUAUUUUUACGUUUUCAUCAAUAAAAUAUAGAGCUUAAUAAACGUCUUGAUACCAGAA